CUAUAAUACCUUCUUAAGUGGAUUACCAGUCAGUCCUUCAGAUUCAACCUGCUUCACCUCUGUGAAGACAACACACAACUCUCUGUCUGCUACAGACAAGCACAAGAAAUUUCUCUGAAACAAGGUUCAUCGUCUGAGACUUCAAGAUGUGCGACCAAACUUUUUUGGCCAUCAGCUUUGGCCCAUGUGAGAAAUGUGGGAAGACAAAACCGCUGAUGAACAUUUACAUCAAAACCGAUCCGAUCAACUACUGUUCACUCUGUGUGGAAAUGAUGGCUAACGAGGGGCUGCGUGAUAAUGAGACCCUGUCGUCACUGAAGAACGAGUCGGAGACCCUCAAAUCUAAGCUGGAAGAGGAGAGAGCUAAGCUGCACGAUGUGGAACUGCAUCAAGUUGCCGAUCGUGUGGACGCUCUUGGUCAGUUUGUGAUGAAGACGAGAAGGACUCUGAAAGGACAUGGCAACAAAGUGUUGUGUAUGGAUUGGUGUAAAGACAAGAGAAGGCUUGUGAGCUCUUCCCAGGAUGGAAAAGUGAUUGUAUGGGAUGCUUUCACAACCAACAAGGAACAUGCAGUUACCAUGCCAUGCACCUGGGUGAUGGCCUGUGCGUAUGCGCCCUCUGGAUGUGCAAUUGCCUGUGGAGGUUUGGACAAUAAGUGUUCAGUGUAUCCCCUCACCUUUGAUAAAAAUGAGAACAUGGCCUCGAAGAAGAAAUCUGUGGCAAUGCACACUAACUACUUAUCGGCCUGCAGCUUCACAAAUUCAGACAUGCAGAUCCUGACUGCCAGCGGGGAUGGAACCUGCGCUCUGUGGGAUGUGGAGAGUGGCCAGCUGCUCCAAAGCUUCCAUGGCCAUGCCGCUGACGUACUCUGUUUGGAUCUGGCCCCCUCAGAGACGGGGAACACCUUUGUGUCUGGGGGCUGCGAUAAGAAGGCAAUGGUUUGGGACUUGCGUUCCGGGCAGUGUAUACAGUCUUUUGAAACACAUGACUCAGACAUUAACAGUGUCAGAUACUACCCCAGUGGAGAUGCCUUCGCCUCCGCUUCUGAUGAUGCAACUUGUCGUCUUUAUGACCUUCGAGCAGACAGAGAAGUAGCUAUAUACUCCAAAGAAAGCAUUAUAUUUGGAGCCUCCAGCGUUGAUUUCUCACUCAGUGGUCGUCUGCUGUUUACUGGCUACAAUGAUUACACUAUCAAUGUAUGGGAUGUCCUGAAGGGCACAAGGGUGUCCAUUCUGUUUGGCCAUGAGAAUCGCGUCAGCACCCUGCGAGUUUCACCGGAUGGCACAGCAUUCUGCUCCGGCUCAUGGGAUCACACUCUGAGGAUUUGGGCCUAAAAUGUCUUUUGGCCUCCCAUCAAGCCUGAGAAGAUCCCCUUGUAUUUCAUUUCAGUUUUUCAAUCCAAUCACAUGCUUAUUGUACAGGCAUUUAUUAUCUCACCUGCAGCUGAUGUGUUUCCUUGUGUACGAGCACAACAUACCAGAUGGGUUAAACUAUACCAUUGACAUGACUGUUUAUAUAGCUUCAGUUCAGAGAUGCCAUUCAAUAAUCAAUACACAAAAAAACAUAAAAUAGUGUACAUUAAAACGGGAAUUGUAAACUUGGUUGCUUUUCUGCAGGAAAAUCCGCCAACACAUCAUCAGCAAGAGCAUAAAGGCUCCGUGUGUUAUUCUCCUGUGUCGCUUCUUUUGUUUCGGCUGCUCAGUCAAGCACUGGGAAGCCGAAAUGGGAGUCGACCGCUUAGAGCCUGGAGGAAGGGCUGCUCUCAGCCAUGGAUUCCCUGAGGUUUCCCCCUAAAAAAAUAAACAAAAUGUGAGUAGGGAGUUUUUCCUUACCUGAGUGCUGAGCGGUUCGUAUUUAGUUCUGCGGGGUGUGUGGUCGGGCUGGAGAGGCUGGGCUCUUUCCCCCAGUGCAGUCACGCUCUGGGGGACGGUCCAUGUCUCAGCUGCUCAUUUUCACUCAUUUUUUCAAUAUUUGGGAGGUAGGUGGCAGUGAGCCGCUGUAGGGUGCAUUGUAGGGUGCGUUAUUAAUCUUUAUUCAAGACACUUAAUUACUUGACCACAUUGCUUGCACAAUUGCCAUGGUACAUCUUUAUUGCCCAUAGAAAGGAGUUCCCUUCCAGGUUUCACACUUCUCUGUUUAUGAUAUACAGUAAAAGGAUUCCUUUAUUUGCGUGAUGACACAUCAUAAAACUUUAGGAUACUGUACUUCACCUGGUAAAAUGUGCAAUACUGUGUUAAUAUGCAAUAGCAUAAUAGGCUGUGGUUAACCUGUAAACGCAUUUAUUGUUGUAUUUAUUAUAACGUUGUCCUGGUUUUCUGUAAUUGUUUUGUGUAUAUAUUUAACCAGUACACUGGAACCUACAUAUACCCAAGUACAAUAAAAAUAGUAUUUUAAAUAUUGUUAAACUUCUGUUUUUUUUUUCUCAGUAAAAGUAAGUUGUUUAAAUAGGAUGGGCAGUAUUUCUGAUAAUUUUGUUUCCAUUUUCAGCCAAGAUUUUCUUUAUGAAAGUAUUUCUAUAAUGGAUUUAAGUUGCUCUUAAAAAAUCAAUUAAUCAUAUUCAGUGUUUGUUAUUGGUAUGGGAACAAAGGACAUGUAGAUAUCAUUUGAGACAGAUGAGAUUUAAUCAUGGUGUAAACUAGAAUUCAACUGUACGGUCCAAAAAACUCAGACAAACAAAAGCUUUUGUAUAAAUGUUAGACAAGAUCAUAUUUUGGGAUCUCUGGAGGUUUUCUCAGUCUCACUUCUGCUUGCUCCCCAUUCAUGUUUUGUCUCUGUUAUCUUUCCAAGCCCAUCAAAUUAAAAAAAAAGACAUUAGUGUUGUUCAGUCAACAGAAGCAAGAGAUCUAUUGUUCAAAGAUAACAUCAAACAAAAGGACUCUUUCAACUGACGUUUUCUGUUUGAGAUCAGAGUUUUAAACCUUUCUAUAUAUAGUUAUUAAAAUAUAAAUACAAUUUUAAUAUAAACUGAUCUUUGCUGUUCAGCUAUCAGCUCAAACACUUUAAUAGACAGAUAAUCUACUGAAUAUUUUAAAAAAUCAACUCUGGAAAUUCCCUUUGUGAAAAAGAGCAGCUUUAUAAUAUCUUGUAAAUAUAGCCAUUGUUAUACAUCUUCAAGGGGAUUUUUUUAAUUUGGUGAAUUUGUUUGUUGAUUGUGUUUUCUAUACCAGGGCAGUCUGACAUGUUUUGUGUGUUGCUCAUGAACCUCCUGCCAUAGCACUGUCAAUAAGGGGCAGCCAGGAUAGCACUGAUUCAACUUGACAAGCCUGUCAUUAUUCUGAAUCAUGUCUUUAGUUCCUGGUAAAACAUUAUUAAUAAGAUCUGCUCUCUUGCCCUGAAACGGAUUAAUCUUAUUUAAUUUUUUUUUUUUUUUUUACAAAUUACAUGUUAGGAAUUAUCAUUUGCAUAAUCAAUUAAUCAGUUGUGUUCACUGAAACCCAUUUACAGAAAAAAAGUUUGUGUUUUUUGCCCGAUACCUGGGGUGAGGUUGAAAGGAGAAUUUUUUUUACCACUGAAGGAGUUCAAGUCUUAAGGGAGCCUCUUAAUGAGCGUUGCUAUGGAGUAAAGCAUCCCAAUUGUAAAUACGUGUGGUACUCCUCUUUACAACAUGCUUAUCCGGUUCUGUUAUUCUUCACCCACAGAAAAUGUGCUAAUCUUAUUUUAAGUUUGGUACAGGGGAUGUAUUAUCACUAUACACAUGAUGAAGAAUCUUACAGAGGACACUGUGACUGCGCAAAUAGAUGCAAAAUUGUGUGUUAUGUUGCCUGGCAACGUAUUAUUAAGACAUGUUCCAGUUGACACUCUAAAUUGCAACGUGUUUCUGUUCUGUUACCAUAACACCAGUUUUGACUCCUCCAAUGUGCGUACUGCAUGUUUCUGUCUUUUUACUUAUAUUAUUGUGCAUAUUAUUUAUCCCUGUGUCCUGUUUUUGUUUCUACUGACAACAGUAUCUAGGUAGCAUUCAUUAUUUUUUAAAUAGAAAUGCAUAACAUAGUAUAGUGGGGAAAAUGCUGUCACAUUGAAGCUGCUUCAUCUUGGACAAAAAAAUUAAAAAAUGUAAUAAAGCACUCCAACAUUAUUAUUAUUGUUAUUAUUAUUAUUAUUAUUAUUAUUAUUAUUAUUAUUAUUAUUAUGCUAUUUUGUUUUAACAGAAAGGUUAUAACAUUAUGUACUAAAAAAAUAUGUUACCCAGCAUGAUGAUUGAUUAAAUAAAACAAUAUUAUGAA